UGGCGUUCCAAGAUGGCGGCGCCGGUACGGAGGUUGUUGCUGGGGGCGCUGUCAUGCCGGACGGUGGCGGCGCGGUUGUUAGGAGGGCGGGGGUUGGCGUCGUCUGCGGCCGGCUCGUCGUGGAUGCUACACGGGGCGGUGUGCCUGAAGAGGCCGGCUGUGGUGUCACCCAGGAAGUCCGCCCUACAGCAGGAGGUGGACAAUAUUCUGCAGCAGAUUGAGUUGGAGAAAAGUUUGUUCUCUGAUCAUGAGAUUCAGCUUAUCGAAGAUGCAGUUCGCCUGCAGGCUAAACUUUCUGAUGACUAUGAUGCUGAUUUUGACUCUGAUGGCAAGGGUAUUAUGAUGGCGCAAGAUCUGGAAGACAUGUGGGAGCAGAAGUGGAAGGCGUUUAAGCCUGCUCCAGGAAUAACAGAAGCCGAUAAGAAGAAUGACCGGUCAUCAUUAAACAGGAAGCUAGAAAACACGCUGGUUCUGCUGGUUAAGGAAAGACUUGGAAAAAUGAAGAUAUUUGGAUGUUCCCUCAGAUGGCCUGGCAGGCUGGGGAGACUAUGAGACAGACGGCAGAGCGAGCUCUGUCCACAUUGGCAGGUGAUGGUGCUGAGGCGAAUUUCUUAGGAAAUGCUCCCUGUGGCUUUUAUAAGUACAAGUUUCCCAAGACAAUGCGGACAGAAGACACGUUUGGAGCCAAAGUCUUUUUCUUCAAAGCAAUGCUAAAGAGCCAGGGACUACAGACUUCAAAGCAAAAAGGGGAAUAUGUCUGGGUUAGCAAAGAUGAACUGAAAGACUAUUUAAAACCAGCAUAUCUAUCUGCAGUGGAACAGUUUGUCAUAGAAAUCUAA